GCGUGUGUGUGUGUGUGUGUGUGUGUGUGUGCAGGAUGCUAAGCUGGUUUACCUUGAAUAUAAAGGAACCGGAGCGGAUCUAACAUAUAAGAGGGAAAAUCGAACCCAUUUAUGGCAUAGAAUGUGAGACGAUCUUUAGCAGCGUCUACAUUGCCUAAUUGACUGCAGUUUCCCAUCAGAGCUCCUGGGAAUUGGGGUGGGAGUGUGCAUGCAUUUUUAACGCAUGUUUUCGUGCAUGGGGGAACUGAAUAGCCGGAGGGAAGGAGUGCAUUGUUGAUCGGGGGUACCUGGGUGUUUGAAGCUCGCAAGUUUCAAAAUGGACAAUCAAGGGGGACGUUUUUCUUGGCCAUUUCCUCGCCACACUUGAUGGAAAAUCCCUCUGCUAACUUUGGGUCCUGGGGAAACGGAGAGGGAGCCCGAUGCUGGGGCCACAAGGUCUCCCCCAAGUAGAUCUCUGACCACGCAAAGCCAGAGGACGCCGGCCAGCUGGGGAUCUCUUCUAAGCAGUCCCUUUUUUUCUAUCCAUCACUUUCCCCACCUUCUCUGAUCUCUCAACAAAGCUGCAUUACCUUGUUGCGGGGCUUUCCUGUCAAAGGGGCUGAGGAAAGAGCUUUAAAAAGGAGGGAAAAAAAUCCUCUUGGAGACCGAUGGGAAGAUUGGAAUUGCCUGCUGGUCCUAGCCUGCCGGGUGUGCAGCACCCUCUCUCACGCCUACUGGGCCCCCCUUCCCCCAUCUCUUUCUCCCUUUAGAAGAGUGGGAGGGAAGGUAGUGGCAGCAGAAGCAAAGGGGUUAAGGUCCUCCUCCCUGCCUCGCGCUUUUCCCGGUGGAAGAAUGCGAAAUGCCCUGCUGUUACCCGAGUGAUCCGGGUCUCUUCCCGGUGAUUUGCUUGGCCUCCCUCCCUUUGAAAGCAGCUCGCCAACACGAGGCUGUUGAAUCCCGGGGAGGAAGAAGAAGGCUUCGGCUGCGGCAGCAACAAAAGGACUCCUGGUGCAAAGGGACUGAAGGGGAAUGCUGGCUCCCGCUGGAGCCCUCCAGACCCCCCCCAGGGGACGGGCAGGGCUUGGGCUCCCGGGCACAAUCCAGAGGGACUUCCUGGCCCCGGCACCCGGGGCUCUUUUCGUUUGAUCAACACUGAGUGAUGAAACCUCCCAUGGCUGAAACUCUCCAGAAAGGAAGGAUGCUGUGGAUAAUUCUUUUAAGCACAAUUGCCCUAGGAUGGACUACACCCAUUCCCUUGAUAGAGGACUCAGAGGAAAUAGAUGAACCAUGCUUUGAUCCAUGUUACUGUGAAGUGAAAGAAAGUAUUUUCCACAUCCAUUGUGACAGUAAAGGAUUUACAAAUAUCAGUCAAAUUACCGAGUUUUGGUCCCGACCUUUUAAACUCUAUCUGCAGAGGAAUUCCAUGAGGAAAUUGUACACGAACAGUUUUGUUCAUUUAAACAAUGCUGUAUCUAUUAACCUUGGGAACAAUGCUUUGCAGGACAUUCAGACUGGGGCCUUCAGUGGCCUCAAGAUUUUAAAGAGGCUGUAUCUACAUGAGAACAAACUGGACAUCUUCAGAAAUGAUACUUUCCUGGGUUUGGAAAGUCUAGAAUAUCUGCAGGCAGACUACAAUGUCAUUAAACGGAUUGAGAGUGGGGCCUUUCGGAACCUGAGCAAAUUGAGGGUCCUGAUCUUGAACGAUAACCUCAUCCCCAUGCUUCCUACCAAUUUAUUUAAGGCUGUCUCUUUGACUCAUUUGGACCUCAGGGGAAAUCGGUUAAAGGUCCUUUCCUAUCGAGGAAUGUUGGACCAUAUCGGUAGGAGCUUGAUGGAGAUCCAGCUAGAGGAAAACCCCUGGAAUUGUACCUGUGAGAUUGUGCAAUUAAAGAGUUGGCUUGAACGAAUACCAUACACAGCCCUGGUUGGAGAUAUCACAUGCGAGACCCCCUUCCACUUUCAUGGUAAGGACCUGAGGGAAAUCAAGAAGACCGAACUCUGUCCCUUGCUGUCUGAUUCCGAGGUGGAAGCUAGUUUGGGAAUCCCCCAGUUGUCAUCCAGCAAGGAGAAUGCAUGGCCUACUAAACCCUCCUCCAUGUUGUCCUCGGUCCAUUUCACCGCAUCUUCUGUCGAAUACAAGCCUUCCAACAAACAGCCCAAACCCACCAAGCAACCUCGGACACCUAAGCCACCUCCAACAUCCAGGGGCCUGUACCCCGGGCCAAACCAACCCCCUAUUGCUGCUUAUCAGACCAGACCCCCGAUUCCCAUCAUCUGCCCUACCGGAUGUAUCUGCAGCUUGCAUAUUAAUGACCUGGGCCUGACAGUGAACUGCAAAGAGCGAGGGUUCAAUAACAUCUCUGAACUUCUUCCGAGGCCUCUGAAUGCCAAGAAACUGUAUCUAAGCAGUAACCUGAUUCAGAAGAUCUACCGCUCCGAUUUUUGGAACUUCUCCUCUUUGGACCUCUUGCACCUGGGGAACAACCGAAUCUCUUACGUCCAGGACGGGGCCUUCAUCAACCUGCCCAACCUGAAGAGCCUCUUCCUGAACGGAAACGACAUCGAGCGGCUAACUCCGGGCAUGUUCCGAGGCCUCCAGAGCUUGCACUAUCUGUACUUCGAGUUCAACGUCAUUCGGGAGAUCCAGCCGGCGGCCUUCAGCCUCAUGCCCAACCUGAAACUGUUGUUUCUCAACAACAACCUGCUGAGGACGCUGCCCACCGACGCCUUCGCCGGCACCUCCUUGGCCCGGCUUAACCUGCGCAAGAACUACUUCCUCUACCUUCCCGUGGCCGGCGUCCUAGAGCACCUGAACGCCAUCGUGCAGAUCGACCUCAACGAGAACCCCUGGGACUGCACCUGUGACUUGGUGCCCCUCAAGCAGUGGAUCGAGACCAUCAGCUCGGUGAGCGUGGUGGGAGACGUGCUCUGCGGGAGUCCGGAGAACCUCACCCACCGCGACGUGCGCUCCGUGGAGCUGGAAACGCUGUGCCCGGAGAUGGUGCACCUGGCGCCCGCCGGGGCCUCGCCCGCCGUGCCCGGAGAGGUCCACUCCGCCGGGAGUCCCACCGGCGCCUCGCCCUACGAGUUUGCCCCCCCGGGCGGUGCCGUGCCCCUCUCCGUGCUGAUUCUCAGUCUGCUGGUCCUCUUCUUCUCGGCCGUCUUCAUCGCGGCUGGGCUCUUCGCCUUCGUGCUAAGGAGGCGUCGGAAGAAGCUGCCGUUCCGCAAACGCCAGGAGGGGGUGGACCUGACCGGGAUACAGAUGCAGUGCCACCGCCUUUUUGAGGACGGCGGAGGGGGCGGCGGCGGCGGGGGCGGCGGCGGCGGCGGGGGCGGCGGGGGCGGCGGGGGGCGGCCCAGCCACCCCUCCCCGGAAAAAGCGCCGCCCGUGGGUCACGUCUACGACUACAUCCCCCACCCGGUGACCCAAAUGUGUAACAACCCCAUUUACAAGCCCCGGGAGGAGGAGGAGGCCUCCGCCGUGGUGGCGGGCCCGGAGGCUGGGGGUCCCGAGAGGGGGGGUUCGGGGACGCAAGCCCCGGGGAUGGGGGAGCUCCUGGGCGGAGAGCAAUUCCCGGAGGCAGCCAAGGAGAAUACCAGUAACUACCGGACCUUGCUGGAGAAGGAGAAGGAGUGGGCCCUGGCAGUGUCCAGCUCCCAACUCAACACCAUAGUGACCAUGAAUCACCCUCACCCCCACCCCCAUCCCCACCCCCACCACCCGGCUGGAAGUGGGGUGGCGGCGGUCGUGGGAGGCACCGGGGGGGACUUGGCUGGGUUUCGGCACCACGAAAAGAAUGGAGGGGUGGUGCUUUUUCCCCCAGGGGGAGGCUGUGGGCCCGGCAGCAUUCUGCUUGAUCGCGAGAGACCCCAGCCGCCCCCCUGUACGGUGGGCUUCGUGGACUGUCUCUAUGGUACAGUGCCCAAGUUAAAGGAGCUGCACGUACAUCCUCCUGGCAUGCAAUAUCCAGACUUACAGCAGGACGCCAGACUCAAAGAAACCCUUCUGUUCUCGGCUGGAAAGGGCUUCACAGACCCCCAAACCCAAAAAAGCGAAUACCUCGAGUUAAGGGCCAAACUCCAAACCAAGCCGGAUUACCUCGAAGUCCUGGAGAAGACAACCUAUAGGUUCUAACGGAAAGAAUAAUAAUAAUAUAAUAAUAAUAAUAAAAUUUAAAAGGUUUAGCGCUUUUUUUUUCAAAAGGAAAAGAAAAAAAAAGAAAUAUAUCCUUUCCCCGAUUUCCGCCCGGUUCUAAUGAGUCAGUCCUUUUUUUUUUUUUUUUUUUUUUCUUCCUCAGACCCUUGCCCCGUCCCCAACAAAACAAAAUCCGCAUGAUAACUAGAGAAUACAGAUGUAUGCUCUUCUCCUCCCAGAUGUGUUUUGGAGGACGGGCCAUACUCAGAUCAUUAAUCAAUGAAGUGCCUUCGCAGACUUUUGCCAGCAAAUGUUAUCAAUCAUUAUUUUUUUAUACUGAAACUUGAGACUUUUGACUGUGCCAUGUUAAAGGUAUAUUAUCUGGGAUCUUUGUAUUGAUCCUAAUUAAGUAAAAUUCUAUGUGCUUUUUUUUUUUAAGUAACUUUUUUUUUUCUUUUGGUUUGUGGGAAAGGGAAAGAAAAAAAAAAAAUAAGGUUGGCCUUCGGGGCUUUCUCUCUUGCCCAUCAUGGCGCAGAUUUCUGUACAUGUAUUAACAAUGCAGUUUGCUGCAUGCGGAGGGGGAGGGAGGGGGCGGGUCUUGCUCGAAUGUUCUCACUCUCUUGUCUCUUUUACAUACGCACAGCUCUAAAUUCGCCCCACCCCCACCCCCACCCCCACCCUUUCCCCAUUCCCUCCCUCCCAGUCUCUCUGCCGCCUUGUCUCCGCGGGCGCGACCCCGCGCGUAGAGCCGCGCGCACGCACGUAGAUACACGCACACACAAGCAUUCACUCUUUACACCUAUACCUUUCCCACCAAAGCGUUCGGAGUUUCUUUACCCAGCCCCCACUUCAGCUCUGUCCCUUUGAUCUCUCCCUUCCCCUCUUCUUCCUCCCCUCCCCCUCCAUCGGGAAUCCCAAUCCCAUCCUAGGCCGAAUCCCCCAGAACCUAAGAAGCCCACCCAUGGCGCGCUUGGGAUAAGCAACUUCUUUGUGACUUCAUCCUGAUGCCAAGAUUUUUUGGAGAACAUCCGCACUUUCUUAUAUACAUAAUAUAUAAAUAGAUAUAUAUAGAUAUAUAUAUAUAAAAUAUAAAAAGCAACUGGGAAUAUAUAUAUAUAUAAUAUAAAUAUAUCACUAACAGCUUUGUAGGAAGCACUUUUAAUGUUUUUCUCACACACAAAGGUUCAGAAACAAAUGUGCAUAUAUUUAUUCUGUACUUCAGUGACUAUCAAAUUGUAAAGGUAAUGUUUAAUCAUUGUAUAGUGAUGAUGCGUCUGGUAUAGCUUUCCUAAUAAAAAAAAAAGUUUUGAAAAAAGUAGACAUAUGUAGAGAAUACAAAGCUUGACCCUGCAACCCCCAGCUAGGCCGUUCUGUCCCUGUUUCCCUUUUUGAGUUCAGGUCUUCUUCCUCACCCUUCCCCCAGAAUUUUGGAUUAUGAGGUUUUUAAGUGCUGUGAUGGUUCAGUUCUGGUCAACUUUUCUCCCUCCCCUCUUCCACCCCCUUUGAAACGUAAAGAGGAAGGAAGGAAGGAACGUAGAUAGUAAGAAAGAAAGGUAGAAGGGAAGAUAAGGAAGGUAGAAGGGAAGAAAAGGUAGGAAA